CCCAGAUGAGGUGCUAGGGCCAGAAAGUCAGGGCUCUUCUCAUCCUGUGGCAGCAGAGUUCGCUGCAAAGCCAGCAGAGGAUCCUCUCUGCAGGCUCUUGGAAACCUCUGUCCUGAUACUGGCUGGUGGUGUUGGCCAGCUGUGUGGAGGAGGCAAGGGUAUGAAACAGCAGCCUCUCCAAAGGUGCUCUCCUCUGGGUGGGAAUUCAGGGUUGCUCUUGUUUUUGCCAGGAGUAGACUAUGAACGCUUUUUCUGCAAGUGAAGUUUAUCUCCUCCUGGAAUAAAAGGAGAGGUAUGGGGUUUGGGUUUGUGUUCAUAAUGCUAGUUAUGCUGUAUAACACUCGAUGAGAGGCAGGCAUGAUGAGCAGCUUAUAUCUGAGCUGUUACUGAAGGCUGUAUUAUAGUGGCACAUCCUUAGCUGUGGCAGUGCUACUCUGGGCCACUAUUGCCAAGUGCCUAAUACAUCACAAAAUGAAGGCACAGCUGUGACAUACAUAAGAAUGAAGAGUGGGGUGAGUCUGUAACACUCCCAUACUCUGAAAUAACUUCUACUUUGUCAGUUGGUGACAAACUUUUUAUGAUCCAAGGUGUGUCAUACUAAUUUUGAACAUUAAAGAUGCAUCAACUCUUUUAUUUCAGUGCCUUCCUCCUUACUUUCAGGAAUUGCCAGAUAAACUGCAGGGGAAACUGUAAGAUUUAGUGAAAUGCCAUGAGCCUCUGUGCUUCCUCAAGACAGCAUGUCAUGGAUUGAAAUGGAGGAGUCUGAAAGCCGUGAUAGUACUCAUUAAUGAGUGAAGGAUCAAAAGGUGGGACGGUGGCCAAGAAGCAAUGGAGAAUAAAAGUUUAGAAGGUUCCCCAUCAGACCUAAAGUUAGUGGCUCACCCAAGAGCAAAGAGUAAAGUGUGGAAGUACUUUGGGUUUGAUACCAAUGCAGAAGGAUGCAUAUUACAGUGGAAGAAGAUCUACUGCCGGAUUUGCAUGGCACAGAUUGCCUAUUCAGGAAACACGUCCAACCUUUCCUACCACCUUGAAAAGAACCACCCAGAUGAAUUCUGUGAGUUUGUGAAAAGCAACACUGAGCAAAUGAGGGAAGCCUUUGCCACAGCAUUUUCAAAAAUCAAGCCGGAGUCAUCACAGCAGGUUGUUCAAGAUAGCCUCAUCAUGAAGACCUACCAGAACUACGAAAACAAAAAACAUCAGGAACUGACAUCUGCAGUCAUCAGCUUAAUUUGUGAGGGCAUGUAUCCAGCCUCCAUCGUUGAUGAACCUACCUUCAAGGCCCUCUUGAGAGCAGCGGACCCCAGGUAUGAACUUCCGAGCCGGAAGUACUUCUGUACAAAAGCAAUUCCUGAAAAGUACAGUGCUAUUAGAGAAAUUGUGCUGAAAGAGCUCACUGAGGUUCUCUGGUGUGGCAUAUCCACGGACAUGUGGAGGAGUGAAAACCAGAAUAGGUCAUAUGUAACUGUGGCAGUUCACUUUCUCAGCAGCAGUCCUGCCAACUGCCUGGCUGUGAACUCACGGUGUUUGAAAACGUUCGAAGUACCUGAGGAUAACACUGCAGAGACCAUUACACGAGUCCUUUAUGAAACAUUCAUUGAGUGGGGGAUCAAUACAAAAGUCUUUGGUGCUACGACAGAUUACAGUAAAGACAUUGUAAAAGCUUGCUCUCUCUUAGAUAUUCCCGUACAGAUGCCUUGUUUGGGGCACACUUUUAACGCAGGAAUACAACAAGCUUUUCAGCUUCCCAAACUCUGCAACCUUCUUGCCAGGUGCCGAAAGCUGGUGGAGUAUUUUCAGCAGUCUACGGUCGCCAUGUACAUGCUGAGCGAAAAGCAGAAGCAGCAGAAUAUUCUCCACUGCAUGCUGGUAAGCGACCGUGUUUCCUGGUGGGGAAGCACGCUCGCUAUGCUGCAGCGCCUCAAGGAGCAGCAGUUUGUCAUUGCCGCUGUUCUCGUGGAGGACAGCAACAACCACCACCUCAUGCUGGAAUCCAGUGAGUGGAAUACAAUCGAAGGGCUGGUGGAGCUGCUCCAGCCUUUCAAGCAGGUUGCAGAGAUGAUGUCUGCUUCAAAGUACCCGACGAUAAGUAUGGUAAAGCCACUUCUCCACAUGCUUCUGAAUACCACUCUGAACAUCAAAGAGAACGAUUUGAAAGAAAUCAGCAUGGCAAAGGAGGUGAUUGCUAAAGAGUUGUCAACCACCUACCAGCACACACCUGAGAUAGACAUGUUUCUCAAUGUUGCAACUUUCUUGGAUCCCCGCUACAAGAAACUGCCUUUUCUUUCAGCCUUUGAGAGGCAGCAGGUGGAAAACAGAGUGGUGGAAGAAGCAAAAAGCCUGCUGGAGAAAGUAAAAGAAAAUAGUUUUAGAACUGAGGAGAAAUUCUUCACUGUUUCAGAAGAGCCCCCUAUGAAAAAAAUCAUAAUCUCCUCUACUCCUCCUCCUACCAGUGUCAUCAACAACAUGCUUGCAGAGAUCUUUUGCCAGACAGGAGGCGUGGAAGACCAGGAGGAAUGGCAUGCUCAAAUCGUUGAGGAGUUGAGCAACUUCAAGUCACAAAAGGUCCUUGGUUUGAAUGAAGACCCAUUGAAGUGGUGGUCUGACAGACUAGCGCUGUUUCCAGUUUUACCAAAGGUUCUUCAAAAAUACUGGUGUAUUCUGGCCACAAGGGUCUUCCCUGAACGCCUUUUUGGCUCUUCUGCUAAUGUUGUGAGUGCAAAGAGAAACCGGUUAGCCCCGGCUCACGUGGAUGAGCAGAUCUUUUUGUAUGAAAACAGUCGCAAUGGGUCUGAGGCAGAACCGGAGGAUGAAGAUGAAGGAGAGUGGGGUUUGGAACAGGAACAGAUUUUUAAUUUAAAUGACUCAGUAAACAUAAACAACAGUUUCUUUAAUAUUCGAGACAGUGGGUUUGUUUGACAGGACUGCUGCGGUACAUUUAAUGACAAAGAAAAGAGGUAUUUGUCUUAAGUUACCAAAAAUUCUUUUGUUGUAUGCUAUGAAUGCUGUAAAUAUUGAACAGUUGUAACAAACUUGAUUUAGCUUCCAUUGUCUGUGUUUUUCCCACUGUCUUAAAACAUGAAUGACUUGUGAUCAAACAGCACUGAAAUGAAUGAGGAAAUAAAUUCUACAAAGACCGUGAUUUCUGACUGUGGCCCAGAUUUCAGAAAGCACUUAUCCAUGUGCUUCCUUUCCACUUGUUUCAGUGGGAGACAAACACAUGCUUAUGUGCUUUCUAUCAUAAAAUUAUUUUCCUGAGUUAGGACCUUGAGGAAGUUUUUUAAAAUUUAUGCCUCCAUUUGUAAAUUCUGUGUGACUCAGGAUGCUAGCUUUAAAUUUUGGAUUUUAAAAUAUUUUUAAAAUCCAUAGAUCUGAGCAGUGAAUAUUUUUAGAAUAUAUUGUUGCUAUGGAAUGGAAAAAGAUCUUGAGCCUGAUUUUCACUACCUCAUGUCUUAGGUCUGGUCUAUGCUAGUAGAGUUCAGCUGGUAUAAUUCUGUUGGUUAGGGGGCUGAUGUGUUAUUAUUUUAACUGAUACUGUGCUGGCAUAGGCUGUAGUGUGGAUGCAUUUAUACCAGGAUAAUUUAUUUUCCUUUCCAGUGCAGUGUAAAUGGUUUGAACACUUAAACUGGUAUUGCUGUGUCCGCAUUAAUCCAGUUUUACCAUUUAACUGCAGUUAAAUGGCAAAAUUGGUUGUUUUGCUUUGUGUCUAAGCAAGUCCUGAUUGUAGUCUCUUGUGCUUUUGCUAAGUGGGAACCAAGUGUGGGGUCGAGGCAGUGUCGUGUUACCUUUGCCUUGUGCCGAUGCCAUGGCUGAUACCACACGGUGUGUAGCAGGCAAGGCAUCAGCUCUUUGGUGAGGGAGGGAGGGGGAGAGGGCAGGGAGACGUCUACAGGCUGCUGGUCUAAUGGUUUAUCUGUGUUAUAAAAUCCUUAACCUCUUCAUUUAAUGGGGACUUUGCCCAGGGUAGCUUGAAAAUUUUGUUGGCAAGAAAACAAAAUAAAAAGCUUUAAUGUUAUGUAAAUAUAUUUAAAAGAAGGGGACCCCUGAAUUUCCUCACAUGUAUUUAGUGAAUCUUUAAAUUUGUUUUUUGUUAUGUUAGCACUUAAAAACUUUUUUCACCUCUUUUUAUUCAGUUUGUAGAGUGGACUUCAGUCCUGUCCAGUCUAAUGUUUGAGUACUGUUUCUGAUUAGUUGUGUAUUGUAACUACUCCCUUUGUGUCUCUGAGCUUAAGUGUUUUAAGCCCCUUUGAGAACUUGACAAAAAAAGAAAAAAGAAACCAACCUGAGAUUCCCCCCCUCCCCCCCAAAAUCUCUUAUGAAAUACUGCAGGUCAUAAAUGGGAUCAGAGUUCACGCUAGACACAAAAUAGGAUGCACCAGCUUUUUUUUCUGAGAUGCAGUGGAGAACUCUUGGCAUUUUCCAGUUACAAUUCCAGUUAAUCAAGGUUUGCUUGGGGUUUUAUUUCUGUUACUGGUG